UUAACUUAUUCAACAACACGUUUUGGAAUGUAUGAAACUAUUAAGAAACAGUUUCCUGGAGAUUCAACAACAAUACCGUUCUAUCAAAAGGCACUAAUAGCAGGGCUCAGUGGUGCAUGCGGCGGCUGGGUGGGAACACCUGGCGAUAUGGUUAAUGUUCGCAUGCAAAAUGAUAUGAAGUUACCGCCGGCUGAAAGACGCAAUUACAAGCAUGCUCUAGAUGGCGUGCUCCGAGUGGUUCGCGAAGAAGGUUUAACCAAACUUUUUAACGGAGCAGCAAUGGCCACCUCAAGAGCCGUUUUCAUGACCAUUGGGCAAUUGUCAUUUUACGACCAAAUUAAACAAACGCUUAUUAGCAGCGGCUAUAUGAAAGAUACACCAACUACUCACUUCUCUUCCUCAUUUCUUGCGGCCUCAAUUGCGACUGUUUUAACUCAGCCGCUGGAUGUAAUGAAGACGAGGAUGAUGAAUGCGAAGCCUGGCCAAUUCUCUGUAAGUUGUUUUUUAACAAUUUUAUGCAUUUUUGAUACACUUUUUCUCCUUUUCCUAGUUCGACUGCUGUUUUAUCGUCUCCUUUCCUUCUUGAUUCAAUACAACUGGCAUUUUUGUAAUUUUGGUAGCUCAUUUCUGUGCGCUGGUCAGCAUGGAUGA